GUUAAGCCAGUGACUGAGUGGUGCGGAAUUAUUAAAAUGCGUUGCAUAAGUCUGAAGGAAUAAACAAGUCCAUCGAAACAAGUGCCAGAGUGCCAGUUUUUCACCACUUUACCAAGAAGCUGGUUAUUUUCAAGGUAACUCUAUUAAGAUGCAGUGACCUUUCCUUGUCUUAAAUUCGUCCGUCUUUAGUCCUUUUAUAUCAAAGUGGUGCUGAAGCUUUUCGUCCAUUUGCAAGAAUUAAGUAUGUCACAAUGAUCGGAUACAAAGCUCUAGUUUUGUGUGUUUGUCUCAACUUUUCCCGAGCCUUCCAAUUCGACAACGUGCCUCUGGAUGAAGUUUUAUACAUUUUGAUCCCGACGCUAAAUUCGGAAAAUCCGCAAUGCCGAAAUCAUACUAUUUUUUAUGUCGAAGAAUUGAAAAAGUUGAGAUUGUGGGCUACGGAAAUGUUUGAUGCUUCGUCCAAAUUUCCUACUGGAAUUUUGUCAGGCUCGACUUACGAUUUUGGAAAUUUUGACGAAUGUAUCGAAGUGAGAGUACCUUUGACCGGGGAAAAAAUACAAGGAAGGUACUGUAUGGCCAAAUUUCAUAUCGCACCACCUGACUUUAAACAUGAAGAGCAAAAAUAUUCCCGAUUUUUUAACGGAGAUAAUUAUUUUAUUAACGCCUCUACGUGGGAGAAAAUGAUAGCGUUUUCGAAUAAGAGGUCUCGUAAUACUAGGAACGAAUUUUUCUUUUCCUAUUGCAUCCCAUCCUCUUGCAAUUACGGCGAUCUGGAAUCGUCGCUGAAACAAGUCACUGCAAAAUUGAAUUCCUUCAGUGAUUUCAAAGUCACGGCAAGUGUAAAUCCGCGGAAUUGUCAACUUAAACCUGAAUUCAAAUUCAGCAGUGCUGAUAUCGGCUUUAUAUGUGUGGUGUUCUUUUUUGUUCUUUUAGCAUGUAUAGCUACUUCUUACGAUUGGUUAAUAAAACUGGACGACUUGAAAAAAUAUCAACUUGAGGGAAAAAAACAUCAAAUUUUAAUGUCGUUCUCCCUAUGGUCAAAUUUGAAAAAAUUAAGUGGUGGAACUGUAAAUGAUGACGGGCUUCAGUGCAUUCAUGGCUUGAAAGUAAUUUCUAUGUUUCUUAUAAUCAUGGGACAUAGAAUUAUGUUUGGGAUUGGGUCACCGUUGAUAAAUCCCAGCUUCAUCGAAAAUAUGUACGGCCGAAUUGAAGCAACCGCCCUCCUAAACGGCCCUGUGAUAGUUGACACCUUUUUUAACAUUUCUGGAUUUUUAGUUUGUUAUUUAAUGCUAACCCAAUUAGAGAAACGAAAACGCGGUAUCAACUUUCUUUUCCUGUAUCUCCACAGAUUCAUAAGACUAACCCCAGCCUAUGCCAUGGUUCUUGCCUUCUACUGCACUCUUUUUGUAAAAGUGGGUUCCGGCCCUUUGUGGCUCGAAAGAGUUCAAGUAGAACAAGAACGUUGCAUUGCUAGUUGGUGGGCCAAUUUAUUUUAUUUAAAUAAUUACAUCAACAAGGAACACAUUUGUAUGUUCCAGUCGUGGUAUAUGACAUGCGAUAUGCACUUGUUUAUGCUUGCACCUAUCAUAAUUUGGAUAUUAAGAAAAAAACCUUUCCUAGGUCUUGUGACCUUAUUUACGCUUAUUGUAGCUUCAAUUUCUGUUGUUUUUGCCACCGUGUAUCUUAGCAAGGAAGAUGCAAUUUUAAUGCUUUACAUGAAGUUUUUGCGAGAUCCUGUUAUUAACAAUACGUUCAAAAACAUUUACAUUCCGACACAUAUGAGGGCUAGUCCUUACUUUGUCGGGAUGGUUACGGGAUACAUUAAAUAUAUUAUAAAGUCUCGGGAGUAUAAAAUACCCAAAUAUAUGGUUUACAUGGGAUGGGUUAUGAGUAUUUUCAUUAUUGAAGUCACUGUUUACUCCGCUUUUAUUUUCUACUUGCCGGAUAAGCCUUACGACCCCAUUAUUUCUGCAAUUUAUUCCGCUAUGCAUCACUUCACUUGGAGCAUUUGUAUCAGUUGGAUUAUUAUUGCUAUUUCGGAAGGACAUGGGGCUUGGGUUCAGCCAGUCUUAGAGUGGAAACCUAUGAUACUUCUCAGUCGAAUAACAUAUGCGGCCUUUCUUUGUCAUGGGGCUAUUCAGAUUUACACCGUUGGGAUUUUAAGGCACCCUAGUUAUGCCGGAGUAUUUCAUCUCAUGUUUUACACUGCUGGCGAUAUUACGUUAGCGUACAUUUUCGGCUUAUUUUUAAGCAUGCUAUUCGAGGCCCCCAUUCUAGGACUAGAGAAAAUUAUUUUAAACAGAGAAGACCCAAGUGACAAGGAAGAAAAAAGCAAAGUUUCAAAAGUUGUGACCCCAAAAAUCAAGAUAAUUAAUCAAUUUUAAAUUAAGCACAAAUUGUGAGUCUUGGUUGUACAAGACAAUUGUAAGUCUGAUUUUUGUGAUUAAUAAAUUAAUUUUAAGCAUU